UCAUAAACUUCGUCUCUCAGAGCCCACUCGCGAGAUGUCUUUCAGAGACUUACAAAAUUUUACAGAAAUGAUGAGAGCGUUGGGCUUUCCUCGCCUAAUAUCGGUGGAAAACUUCCGGACCCCCAACUUCACGCUCGUUGCGGAAAUCCUAAUAUGGCUUGCUAAAUGUUAUGAACCCCAGAUGGAAAUUGUGUCUGACAUGAACACAGAGUCAGACAGAGUAUUCCUCAUCAAGACGGUGGCUCAGUUCAUGGCAACAAAAGCUCACAUCAAAAUGAACACCAAGCGCCUUUACCAAGCCGACGGUUACGCAGUGAAAGAGAUGCUAAAGAUCACUUCGGUGCUGUACAACGCAAUGAAGACCAAGCAGAUGGCCCUGGAGGACAGAAUGGAGGAGGAAAACAGCAAAUUCAAAUUUGAACUAGGCACUCGAAUUUCGGAUCUAAAAGCAGCUCGGCAGCUGGCAUCAGAAGCCACGUCAAAAGGAGCGUCUCUGUAUGACUUAUUAGGAAAGGAGGCGGACCUAAGAAAAUUGAGAACGGCGGCCAUCGCAAGACCUCUGGAGAUCAGCGAGACGGAAAAGGCCUUGAGGCACGCCAUCAAGGAGGUCUUGGAAAAUGUGGAGAAGACCAAAGUCAUGAUGAGGAACGUGGUUUCCGAUGUCGCCAGUCUGGAUGCCAAGAAAGAAAAAAAACACUGGCAGUUGGAGAUGAAUCAGAGGAGACUUCAGACGCUGCAAAGUGUCCGGCCAUUAUUUAUGGAUGAAUACGAGAAGAUCGAGGAGAAGCUGGAGGAGCAAUACAAGUUGCAAGUGGAAAACUUUGCCAACUUCUAUUACCUCGAGUGGCAGCAGGAAAAACAGAUCAGACAAGAGAAGAUGUUUGAGGAGGAAAACAAUCGAAAGAGGAUCAUGCAGCAACUGAAGGAGAAUUACGGGGAUGGUAUGAGUUCGAUUAAUGAACAGGACGCAGUUGAGGACAAAGGCCAAAAUGGCGACACCGAUGAGUGUCAAACUUCUAAUCCAAGGCUCCCUCUAAACGAUAUUGUGGCAGGAACAGCCAUUGGGAACAUGAUGGCAAGUGACAGUGAUGAGUCAGAGGAGAGCGAGCUCGAUGAAGACGAAGAUGAAGGCCUGGGAUCGGACGGCUUUUUGGGGGGUCCAGAAGCAAGGGCGCCUUGCGCUUCCAGGGGAGGUUCGAAACGCCAUCUGCUGGACAAGAGUGAUGAUGACUUUUGAAUUCAGAACCGACCAUUGAAGUCUCAUUGUGGGUAUUCUUAAAACAAAGACAGUAUUUAAAAUAAGAAGGCAAUUUUCGAUUUCAUGGGGUCCCCAUUAUAGACAACAUGAAAAUACCUUAAGACUCAUCGUUUCAAAUUAGCACUGCCCGAAGUCAUGAAAUUGAACCUGACACGAAGGGAGAUGGUUCACUCGAAUGUACUUCCGGUUUCGCUGACUAUAGCUUCUCGAAUUUUCGCUCAUUGAUCUCAUUGCCUGUAUUGACACCUCAUAAGCAACAAAUGAAUGAAUAAAACUGUUAUUCUAUA